AUGCACCUGAGGGCCGACUCCGCCACCGUCUCCUGGGAGGUACCUGAGGGUGACGUCGUCAUCGGCUUCUCCAUAUCACAGCAGGUGAUGUGUUCUAGGGUUAUUAUGUACCCUAACUACUCACCUACAAUUAUUGUCUCCUUUCAUUCCUGUUCAUCUCAGUUAACCCAGAAAUAAAGUAUUGCGUAAUUGGUCAAAUGCUAGAUUAAGUUCUGGGUCCAAACAUGUUAAGAGAAGAGAUAGAAUGAGGAUUGGAACCAGAACGAAGAGCUCCGCCCCCAUCUCUUUGCAAGUUAUUGGCGAGUCUAUGGCCCUCCCCUUCCGAAAUUCGAAAGAUACUAACACCUGUUGAAAUCGUGAUUUGUCCAAAUAACCAGAAAUAAUGCUGCUUAUUAUCUCACGCAUCCCUUUGUAUUGUGACAGAUCAACAGUACCAUUUAUGUUGACAUAGACUGUCCACCAGAGAUUACAUUCCUGUUAACAAAAUAUACAAAUGUAAUGGGUGUAUGACAUCUUGGUAUAGGGUUAGUGUUCUGAGUGAAUUCCACUGUAAAUGUGUUUAUUCAGUAAAUGUUAUUGUUGUAGAGGUUUUGUUUGCUGAGUGAAUACUGGUAAUGUGCUAAAUAUCUGAUGUGUUAAAUAUCUGAUACUGUGCUAAAUAAUAAUAAUAAUAAUAAUAAUAAUAAUAAUAAUAAUAAUUUAAACAAUCUAAAACACAGAACAUACAGUGCAUUCGGAAAGAAUUCAGACCCCUUUCCCUUUCCACAUUUUAAUACGUCAUAAGCCUUUUUCUAAAAUUGCUUUAAAUAUUUAUUUUCCUCAGCUAUCUACACACAAUACCCCAUAAUGACAAAGCGAAAACAGAAUUUUAGAAAUGUUUGCUAAUUUAUAAAAAAACUAAAACAUAAAUACCUUAUUUACAUAAGUAUUCUGACCCUUUUCUAUGAGACUCGAAAUUUAGCUCAAAUGCAUCUUGUUUCCAUUGAUCAUCCUUGAGAUGUUUCUGCAACUUGAUUGGAGUCCACCUGUGGUAAAUUCAAUUGAUUGGACAUGAUUUGGAAAGGCACACACCUGUCUAUAUAAGGUCCCACAGUUGACAGUGCAUGUCAGAGCAAAAAACAAGCCAUAAGGUCGAAAUAAUUGUACAUAGAGCUCCAAGACAGGAUUGUGUCGAGGCAUGGAUCUGGGGAAGGGUACCAAAUAAUUUCUACAGCAUUGAAGGUCCCCAAGAACACAGUGGCCUCCAUCCUUCUUAAAUGGAAGAAGUUUGGAACCACCAACACUCUUCCUAGAGCUGGCCGCCCGGCCAAACUGGGGAAAAGGGCCUUGGUCAGGGAGGUGACCAAAAACCCAAUGGUCACUCUGACAGAGCUCCAGAGUUCUUCUGUGGAAAUGGUAGAACCUUCCAGAAGGACAACCAUCUCUGCAGCACUCCACCAAUAAGGCCUUUAUGGUAGAGUGGCCAGACGGAAGCCACUCCUCAGUAAAAGGCACAUGACAGCCCACUUGGAGUUUGCCAAAAGGCACCUAAAGGACUCUCAGACCAUGAGAAACAAGAUUCUCUGGUGUGAUGAAACCACGAUUGAACUCUUUGGCCUGAAUGCCAAGUGUCACAUCUGGAGGAAACCUGGCACCAUCCCUACGGUGAAGCAUGGUGGUUGCAGCAUCAUGCUGUGGGGAUGUUUUUCAGCGACGGGGACUGGGAGACUAGUCAGGAUCGAGGGAAAGAUGAACGGAGCGAAGUACAGCAAGAUCCUUGAUGAAAACCUGCUCCAGAGCGCUCAGGACCUCAGACUGGGGCGAAGGUUCACCUUCCAACAGGACAAUGAUCCUAAGCACACAGCCAAGACAACACAGGAGUGGCUUCGGGACAAGUCUCUGAAUGUCCUUGAGUGGCCCAGCCAGAGCCCGGACAUGAACCCGAUCAAACAUCUCUGGAGAGACCUGAAAAUAGCUGUGCAGCGACGCUCCCCAUCCAACCUGACAGAGUUUGAGAUGAUCUGCAGAGAAGAUUGGGAGAAACUCCCCAAAUACAGGUGUGCCAAGCUUGUAGCGUCAUACCCAAGAAUGAUCGAGGCUGUAAUCGCUGCCAAAGGUGUUUCAACAAAGUAAUGAGUAAAAGGUCUGAAUACUUCUGUAAAUGUGAUAUUUUUAUUUUAUUUUUAUAAAUUAGCAAACAUUUCUAAAACCCUGUGUUUGCUUUGUAAUUAUGGGUUAUUGUGUGUAGAUUGAUGGGGGGGGGGGGGGAAACUAUUUAAUCCAUUUUAGAAUGAGGCUGUAACAUAACAAAUUGUGGAGGAAGUCAAGGGGUCUGAAUACUUUCUGAAUGCACUGUAGAACACAGACAACAAUCAAAGCUAUAUACAGGUGUCGUCAAAUCUGGAGGACAUGAGAACAGAAUUUGCAGAGGUCCAUGAAAGGUUUUCUGAACAGCAAGGUCUUGAGCUGUGCCUUAAAAGGAGGACAGAGACUCUGCAGCCCUAACAGUGUCUGGGAGUGCGUUCCACAGCCACGGAGACGCACAACUGAAAGCCCUGUCGCCCAUAGUUUUUAGUCAGCUGCGGGGCUGCUGAAGGGAGAUGGGCCUGGAUGAGUGAAGUGUGCGUGUGGGGCAGGAGGGGAGGGUAGAAUGAGGUCAGACAGGUACUUGGGGUCCAGAGUUGUGGAUAGCUUGGUAGGUGUGAACCAGGAUUCUGUACCUGAUGCGUGAGCAUAUGGGGAGCCAUUGGAGGUUGAACAGUCCUGGAGUGAUGUGCACGCGGGGGAGAGGUGUGGGUGAGGACAUGUGCAGCACAGUUCUGGACAUAUUGUAUAGCCUGUUUAGGCACUUGGCUCCAACACUUGGCUCCAAAUGUCUGAUGUGGUGAAUAAAGAUGUCUGUAAGCCUGGCCUUUAAUUUUCCACUGUUUGGUUUUCUCAGCAUUACCGAAAGGCUUGGUUCACAUGCUAAUAUAAAUUACCAUGAAGGAAAGUUUGACUCCCCCCAAGGCCCCCCAAACUAAGAAUCUAAAAUAAAGCUCACCAUGUUUGAUUUGUGAAGAAAUAUACGGUUCCAGGGUUAAUAUCCUCAGCUGCCAGAGAGCAAUUUUCUGGUUGAUUAGCUUUGAGAAUGCUUAGAAUGCUUAGAAUGCUUAGAAUGCUUAGAAUGCUUAGAAAAGUGGAACUACCUAUGAAUACUGAUCUCUAUCCACACUCUGUGCAUAUUAGGAAAAUAACACCCUCAUACUUGUUUAACUUUAUGUACUUCCAAUGAAUGAUGUAGCAUGUGAGUUUGCAACAUUGGAUAAAUGUAUUUUUGGUUCCAACCUAACCUAACGUAAAAUAAAUGCCUGAGAUGCGUUUCCUUCUUUCAGUUCCUGACGAGAAAAAAACAGAAAUACUGGUAAACAUCCAAAUGUGGAAGUCACAUGUUCUCUUCCAUCUCCCUCAAAACUGAAUGCAUCUAGUUGUUUCCCCCGCUGAGGAUGGUUACAACUAUAUGCCAUGAGUAAAAUUCUUAAGGGCUAUACAUAAUCUAAGCAAACGGAGCGACGGAUGUCCGUUUGCGUAGUUCUGUGUACUUUUGUGUGGCUGAAUUUUUAGGAACGGACCAUAUGCGAUGCGCAGUCGCUCUGUUUGCGUAUAGUGUGUAGAGUCCUUUAGGGCUGGUUUCCCAGAUACAGAUUAAUCCUAGUCCUGGACUAAAACGUUAAGAGAUCUAAGAGAUUCUCCAUUGCAGCACUUUUUAGUCCAGGAUUUAUUUGUGUUCGGAAAACCGGCCCUUAUACACCUCACCUUCAGUCUAAUACAAACGGCAUUAAAUCACCGUCAUUUUCGUUAAAGCGUGGAACCAGACAAGGUUGUCCUGUAUCGCCUGUUUUAAUCGCUUUUGUCAUAGAGCCACUUCCCAUCUCUGUUAGAAUAGUGAAACUACCUAGGCAUGCUGAUUUUGAAAAAAGGGAUAUACACAGCCUCCUGCCUGUUUAGGUUUUAUAGAAUUCCAAUGAAUUAUGUAGCAAGUGAGCUCUGUGUGACAACUAAACAGCUAUGGGCUUUUCAUUAUAGAACUCAUCUCAGGAACAUCUCUUGUAAUUGGUUGGUGUGUGUGCAUUAUUCAUUGUUUAAAAUAGCUGUAGAGAUGUGCCCUUGAGCAAGGCACUUAACCCUAAAUGCUCCUGUAAGUCGCUCUGGAUAAGAGCGUCUGCUAAAUAAAAUGUAAAUGUAGAGUUCCUUUAUCAAAUCAAAUUCAAAUCAAACGUAUUUAUAAAGGCCUUUUUACAUCAGCAGAUGUCACAAAGUGCGUAUACAGAAACCCAGCCUAAAACCCCAAACAGCAAGCAAUGCAGAUGUAGAAGCACGGUGGCUAGGGAAAAACUCCCUAGAAAGCCAGGAACCUAGGAAGAAAACCUAGAGAGGAUCCAGGCUCUGAGGGGUGGCCAGAUUGCUCUGUCCUCUGUUAGGCUCGGCAAUAAAACCAGUGAACGCAAGACAUCUGGUCCAAAGCCGAGUAGGGAGCAGGGAGGGCAGAAAGAGAGCAGGGAGUUGGACAGGGCAUGCAUUUUGGAUUCUGGGAGUCUAAUUUACAUUUUCAAGGUCACACCAACCAAUUUCAAGCUGUUUCUGAGAAAAGUCUGAGGCAUCAUUUUCACUCAACUCAACUCUUCAACUCAAAACUUUAUUCCCAAUAAAUCCAUGUAUACCCUAUAUCUUUGUUAUACCCAAUAUAUAUAUAUAUUUUUUAAAUAUUUUAUACUCAUAUAUUUUAUAACCAAUAUAAUUUUUAUGUAUAUUUAAUACUCAUAUAUUUUAUACCAGUUUAUACAUGAUAUAUAUUUUGAUAUAUUUUAUACUGAUAUAUUUUAAACCCAUUUAUACCCGAUAUAUAUAUAUAUAUUUAUAUAUUUUAUACUCAUUUAUACCCAAUAUAUAUUUUGUAUAUAUUUUAUACUCAUUUAUACCUGAUUUCUUGUUUCCAUUUUUACUGCACUGUGUCACGCCUAGUCCCCAGCUCCAGCACUAGACGUCGCCGUUCUACUAACCACUGGCAAUCUUCAUUACCCACACCUGCUCCCCAUCAUUACCCACACCUGGCAACCAUCAUUACACACACCUGCUCCCCAUCAUUACCCACACCUGGUCUCCAUCAUUACACACACAUGUUCCCCAUCAUUACACACACCUGCUCCCCAUCAUUACCCACACCUGGUCUCCAUCAUUACACACACAUGUUCCCCAUCAUUACACACACCUGUUCCCCAUCAUUACCCACACCUGGUCUCCAUCAUUACACACACCUGGUCUCCAUCAUUACACACACCUGUUCCCCAUCAUUACACACACCUGUUCCCCAUCAUUACACACACCUGGUCUCCAUCAUUACACACACCUGUUCCCCAUCAUUACCCACACCUGGUCUCCAUCAUUACACACACCUGUUCCCCAUCAUUACACACACCUGCUCUCCAUCAUUACACACACCUGCUCUCCAUCAUUACACACACCUGCUCUCCAUCAUUACACACACCUGUUCCCCAUCAUUACACACACCUGUUCCCCAUCAUUACCCACACCUGGUCUCCAUCAUUACACACACCUGGUAACCAUCAUUACACACACCUGUUCCCCAUCAUUACCCACACCUGGUCUCCAUCAUUACACACACCUGGUCUCCAUCAUUACACACACCUGUUCCCCAUCAUUACACACACCUGUUCCCCAUCAUUACACACACCUGCUCUCCAUCAUUACACACACCUGCUCUCCAUCAUUACACACACCUGCUCUCCAUCAUUACACACACCUGCUCUCCAUCAUUACCCACACCUGGACUUCACCAUCACCUUGAUGACCUUCCCUUUAUUUAGCCCUCAGUAGCCUCAGUCAUCAGGCAGUAUUGGUUUGUUUUCAUUCACGUUCUGUACGCUUCUCAUGUUUUGUUUAUCUGCAUUCUUCAUUAUUAAACUCACCUUCUGCACCUGCUUCCUGAUUCCCGGUGUAUAUGUGACACACUGUUAGGAGCUACUAACACAAGCAUUUCGCUGCACCCGCUAUAACAUCUGAUAAACUGUGUCCGCGACAGAUAAACGUUGAUUUGAUUUGAGCUCUGUCCUACCUCAGAGGUAGGGUUAGGGCCCUUUGUUUUUAUAAUAUAUAAUAAUAAAUAUCCUAUAACUCUGUUCUAUAGCUCAGAAGCAGCAGGGCCAAACCUAACCCUUCAUCAGGGAGAUGAACACCACCAGUAUGGCCUGUGUGCUGUGGCAUCAACCCUCCAUCCAGCCAUAUACAGUGCUUUAGAAAGUAUUCACACCUCUUGAUUUUUCUACAUUUUGCUGUGUUACAGCCUGAAUUUGAAAUGGAUUAAAUGUAGAUUUUUUGGUCACUGGCCUACAUACAAUACCCCUUAAUAUCAGUUUUCAUCUAUAUUUUUCGUAGCUGUCUAUUUACCACAACAACCCGAUGCUGGCACUAAGACCGCACUCAACCAGCUGUAUUGGGCCAUAAGAAAACAAGAAAAUGCACAUUGAAAGGCGGCGUUUCUCGUGGCCGGUGAUUUUAAUGCAGGGAAACUGAAAUCUAUUUCACCUCAUUUUUACCAGCACGUCACCUGUGCCACCAGAGGUGACAAAUCUCUAGAUCACCUUUAUUCCACACACAGAAAUGCAUACACAGCCCUCCCUCGCCCUCCCUUUGACAAAUCAGACCAUAACUCUAUCCUCCUGCUUCCUGCUUAGAAGCAGAAACUCAAACAGGAAGUACCAGUGACAUGCUCAAUACGGAAGUGGUCCGAUGAAGCGGAUUCAAACUACAGGACUGUUUUGCUAGCACAGAUUGGAAUAUGUUCUGGGAUUCCACCGAUAGCAUUGAGGAGUUUCCCACAUCAGUGAUCUAUUUCAUUAAUAAGUACAUCGACGACGUCGUCCCCAGAGUGACUGUAUGUACGUACCCCAACCAGAAGCCAUGGAUUACAGGCAGCAUCCGCACUGAGCUAAAGGCUAGAGCUGCUGCUUUCAAGGAGCAGGACGCUAAUCCGGACACUUAUAAGAAAUCCCGCUAGGACCUCCGACGAGACAUCAAACAGGCAAAGCGUCAAUAUAGGACUAAGAUCGAAUCAUACUACGCCGGCUCUGACGCUCGAUGGAUGUAGCAGGGCUUGCAAACUAUCACGGAUUACAAAGGGAAACACAGCUGCGAGCUGCCCAGCGACGCGUGCCUACCAGACGAGCUAAAUGCCUUCUAUGCUCGCUUCGAGGCAAGCAACACUGAACCAUGCAUGAGAGCACCAGUUGUGUGAUCUCGCUCUCCGUAGCCAUUGUGAGUAAGAGCUUUAAACAGGUUAACAUUCGCAAGGUCGCAGGCAAAAUGGAAACCAGGAUGCGUACUCAGAGCAUGCACUGACCAGCUGGCAAGUGUCUUCACAUCCAUUUUCAAACUAUUCCUGACACGGUCUGUAAUACCAACUUGUUUCAAGCAGACCACCAUAGUCCCCAUGCCCACGAAAGCCAAGGUAACUUGUUUAAAUGACUAUCGCCCCAUAGCGCUCACAUCUAUAGCCAUAAAAUCCUUUGAAAGGCUGGUCACGGCUCACAUCAACAGCAUCAUCCCAGACACCCUGGACCCACUCCAAUUCGCAUACCUCCCCAACAGUUCCACAGAUGAUACUAUCUCUAUCACACUUAACACUGCCCUGGACAAAAGGAAUACCUAUGCAAGAAUGCUGUUCAUUGACUACAGCUCAGCAUUCAACAGUAUAGUCCCUUCCAAGCUCAUCACCAAGCUCAGGACCCUGGGACUAAACACCUCCCUUUGCAACUGGAUCCAGGACUUCCUGACGGGCCGCCCCCAGGCGGUGAGGGUAGGCAACAACACAUCUGCCACGCUGACCAUCAACUCGAGGGCCCCACAGGGCUGUAAGACUGGGUGCCGUGCACGACUCCAACACCAUCAUCAAGUUUGCUGAAUACACAACGGUGGUAGGCCUGAUCACCGAUGACAAUGAGUCAGCCUCUAGGGAGGAAGUCAGAGACCUGGCAGUGUGGUGCCAGAACAUCAGCCUCUCCCUCAACGUCAAAAAGACAAAUCUGAUAUUGAACUACAGGAAACGGAGGGGCAAGCACGCCCCCAUCCACAUCGAUGGGGCUGUAGUGGAGCGGGUCGAGAUCUUCAAGUUCCUCUGUGUCUACAUCACUAAGGAAUUAACAAGGUCCACACACACCCACAUAGUUGUGAAGAGGGCAAGACAGCACCUCUUCCCCCUCAGGAGGCUGAAAAUAUUUGACAUGGGCCCUCAGAUCCUCAAAAAGUUCUACAGCUUGACUGAGAGUAUCUUGACUGGCUGCAUCACCGCCUUGUUACGGCAACUGCAAGGCACCCGACCGCAAGGUGCUACAGAGGGUGGUGAGUACGGCCCAGUACAUCACUGGGGCCGAGCUCCCUACCAUCCAGGACCUCUAUACCAGGCAGUGUCAGAGGAAGGCCGAGCUCCCUGCCAUCCAGGACCACUAUACCAGGUGGUGUCAGAGGAAGGCCAAGCUCCCUGCCAUCCAGGACCACUAUACCAGGCGGUGUCAGAGGAAGGCCGAGCUCCCUGCCAUCCAGGACCUCUAUACCAGGCGGUGUCAGAGGAAGGGCUAAAUAAUUGUCAAAGACUCCAGCCACCCAAGCCAUAGACAGUUGUCUCUGCUACCACACGGCAAACGGUACCAGUGUACCAACCAGCAGGACCCUGAACAGCUAAACAAGACUGCUAAAUAGCUAAUCAAAUGGCUACCCAGACUACCUGCAUUUACCCUUUUUUGAACUCACUCUCUUGCACUGACUCUAUGCACACACGCUGGCACAUACUUACACUGACACCCCAACACACACAUCUACACUACAUACGCCCACACACACAUAACGUGCGCACACAUGAAUACAGACGACACUCUCACACACACACACACUCCCGAGUGGCGCAGCGGUCUAAGGCACUGCAUCUCAGUGCUUGAGGCGUCACUACAGACCGAGUGGCGCAGCGGUCUAAGGCACUGCAUCUCAGUGCUUGAGGCGUCACUACAGACUCCCUGGUUCGAUUCCAGGCUGUAUCACAACCGGCCGUGAUUGGGAGUCCCAUAGGGCGGCGCACAAUUGGCCCAGCGUCGUGGCCGGGGUAGGCCGUCAUUGUAAAUAAGAAUUUGUUCUUAACUGACUUGCCUGGUUAAAUAAUAAAAAAUAAAAAAACACAGACGGACUUUGACAUACGCUACAGCACAGUCUAUUAUCUAUCCUGUUGUCUAGUCACUUUACCCCUACCUACGGUAUACUGCUGCUACUGUCUAUUAUCUAUCCUGUUGACUAGUCACUUUACCCCUACCUACAGUAUACUGCUGCUACUGUCUAUUAUCUAUCCUGUUGCCUAGUCACUUUACCCCUACCUACAGUAUACUGCUGCUACUGUCUAUUAUCUAUCAUGUUGUCUAGUCACUUUACCCCUACCUACAGUAUACUGCUGCUACUGUCUAUUAUCUAUCCUGUUGUCUAGUCACUUUACCCCUACCUAUAUGUACAUAGCUACCUCAAUUACCGCGUACUCCUGCACAUUGACUCAGUACUGGUACUCCCUGUAUAUAGCCAUGUUAUUACCUGGUACUCCCUGUAUAUAGCCAUGUUAUUACCUGGUACUCCCUGUAUAUAGCCAUGUUAUUACCUGGUACCCCUGCACAUCAUCUCAGUACUGGUACUCCCUGUAUAUAACCAUGUUAUUACCUGGUACUCCCUGUAUAUAGCCAUGUUAUUACCUGGUACCCCUGCACAUCAUCUCAGUACUGGUACUCCCUGUAUAUAACCAUGUUAUUACCUGGUACUUCCUGUAUAUAACCAUGUUAUUACCUGGGACUUCCUGUAUAUAACCAUGUUAUUACCUGGGACUUCCUGUAUAUAGCCAUGUUAUUACCUGGUACUUCCUGUAAAUAACCAUGUUAUUACCUGGUACUUCCUGUAUAUAACCAUGUUAUUACCUGGUACUUCCUGUAUAUAGCCAUGUUAUUACCUGGUACUUCCUGUAUAUAGCCAUGUUAUUUUUUACUUGUUAUUGUUAUUCGUUAUUCACAGUGUAUUUAUUCCUCGUGUCACUAUUUCUAUUUUUAUUGUUAAUUUUCUUCCUUUAUCUUUAACUCUGCAUUGUUGUAAAAUGACCCGUCAGUCAGCAUUUCACUGUUGUUUACGAAUCAUGUGACAAUUAAAAUUGGAUUUGAUUUACAUGAAUACCCUAUAUCUCUGUCCUAUAUUUCAGAGACAGCAGGGCCACACCCAGCGCUUCAUCAGGGAGGUGAACACCACCAGCAGGGCCUGUGUUCUGUGGGAUCUGGACGAGGAGACAGACUACAUUAUCCAGGUCCAGUCCAUUGGUCUGUAUGGAGAGAGUCAGGCCAGCAAGAAGGUCCACUUCAGAACCCUCAAGAAGUCUGACCGCUUCCUUUCCAACAGCUCCAAUCAAGGUACAGUCACACUAACCCUUCCCCUAGCCCUAUCACUAACCCUCCAACCAAGGUACAUUUACACUAACCCUGACCCCUAACCCUUACCAUUUCCCACCAACAGCUCCAGACAAGGUAAUCCUAAUCCGUUCUGCCUCUUUGUGA